AUGUACUCAGAAUACACCACCAUCUACACCAGAACCCCCCGGUCUUUCCUCUUCGCUAUUGUUGCGAAUGUCGGCCCCGACGGGACCACCCGCCCCCUGGCCGUGGCCUACCGCCAACACCACGACGAAUACAACACCCAUACGUCAUACCCACGAGUGCGCCAUAUGGUAGCUGAUACCCUCGCACUGAUCGACAACCUCUCUGACCCCGCAAACCGCGCACAACUAGAAGCCGAGACGGGGCUCGCAAACGACUGGUAUCGUCAGUCGUCAGGGGACGAGCUUCCCACACAUGAACGGCCCAGCGUGCCGGACACCGAGCAGCCCCCCUACAUGCCCAUGGUCGACUCCACGGGGCCAGUGAAACAGCAGCCCCCGCUCCCCUGGCGGGAGGACGGAAUUCGCCAGUUCCCAUUCACCGCCACCUGCGUUCUACACGCGUUGCAGCGGGACGAUGCCUCUCGCGAGAGCACCCGCCCCGGCGACAUCCAGUUCCAGCCUCUAUCGACAGUCUUCCGAGCAGACUGUCUCGAGUAUGGCUUGGUUGUUCUCGACAUCUCCGAUCUUGAUCGUGUGACGUACGGCAUUGCCGCGUUUCCUACAUGCUAUAUGGCUACGGUUCCGUGCGAAGACGAGAACAUAGACUGGGAUCCGGUCGAGGACGAGCAGCCAGACCAGGUGGAUCUUGUCCUGGCUAGUCCGCGUCCUCGUGUGUUGUUGUCGAUUGGGCAGUGGGUGCGGAAGUAUUGUGAGUGGUUGUCGGUGGAGGAGGCGCCACGCAUCCUCGAACUGGAGGAGAGGCCGGUGGCUAAUGCGACAACGCUGGAUUGUAAGUUGAUCUCCAUAGGGCUCCUCCCCAAAAGGACAUAUGGAUGGGAGAAGGUGGCACCGGCGUUUGGGCGCGUUGAGGAACGUAUCCCUCGCAAGGAGGCGGGAGAUGUGGGGCUAAUGCCGUAUGUGGAUGCGGUUAUGGAGAGAGUAGGGCUGAGAGCUGGGAAGAGAGGGACACAGAGAUAUGUCCGUAGCGAGGUUUCGGUUGAUGCGCAUGGGGAGAGGAGCUCUGCGCUGACAGCGUGGCUGGAUGCCUCGGUUGCGAGGGAGAGGAAAGAGCGACUGACGAUAUGCACAGGCGUCUCAGCGACUAAGCUCGAGUUUACAGAAGACAGAACGAGGGCGACUGGCGUAUGGAUUAAGUCAGUCAAAGGGGGCGCAGAUGUUUCGGUAAAGGCUCAACGGGAGGUGAUUAUCUGCAGCGGCGUUUUCGGCACGCCACAGCUGUUGAUGCUCAGUGGCAUCGGACCCAAAGACCAUUUGUCUGCUCGCAAUAUUCCUAUGAUCCAUGACCUUCCCGCCGUAGGUGCCCAUUUGGCCACCCAUCUUCUUGUGCCAGUCAUGACAGAGCUCCCUCAAAAGCACACCCUACAUAUUAUUGAGACAGUGGCUAUUCUUUGGCAUCUCUUGCUGUGGUUCCUCUCUGGGACUGGUGUACUCGCUUCUAACGGCCAGUACGGCGCGGCAUUUUUGCACUCUACGACUAUUGAUGAGACAACGAUGGAGAUUCACUCUCCCAAAGAGGAUGAAAAAGAAGUCCCUGACCUCGAGAUUCUGAUAUCUCCGCUUAGCACGCUCAUACAGCACGGUAUCCCUGGUGUACCAUGCAUGACGUGGUACGCGGCCCUUGUGCAGCCUCACUCCACCGGCAGCGUCCAGCUCACCGCUAGCCCCGACCAGGAAAGUCAACUAAACAUUACGCUUCCUCUGCUAGAUGACGCUCGGGACCGUACUCGAUUGCGCAAGGUGGUACGGUUUGCGAUGCGGUUGGCCGAUGAGUUUGCGAGCCCGGAGACCGGGUAUCCUCACCUAGCAUCAUUAGCGAUGGCUCCUGGAAUGGAUUUGGAGUAUCUAGAUUCUGUGUUGGACAAAGACCGAGGCAAGAAAGAGAGGAAAAGGUUGAAGAGGGCUAUUCCACCGCAAAAGGAUGCGUGGAGAACUGUGACCGACGAGGAGAUCGACGAGUAUAUCAAGAGACUGGUGACGGGGAGUUAUGACCCUACCGGUACAUGCCGGAUGAGUCUCACAAGGGAGGUAGGGGUGGUAGGCCAGACCCUGAAGGUACAUGGAGUGUGCAAUUUGCGAGUUGCGGAUGCGAGUGUAUUUCCUCGGCAGGGAGGCGCGUCGAUAUCAGCGUCAGUUUACAUGAUCGGGGAGAGGUGCGCUGAGUUUGUCAUGAAGGAACAUGCAUAA